AUGAUGAUGACGUGCCGUCUGCUGUGCGCCCUGUUGGUGCUUGCCCUGUGCUGCUGCUGCCCGUCCAUGUACGCGUCGGAGAUUCCGAAGAAGCCUAACGUUGAUUUAGACGGCUCCCAUUCAUCGCCUUCUGGAACGGGAGUGCAAAAGGCACUACAGGCGACCAGUCAAUCAGGACCACAAGUUCUAAUGUCUGUUCCAGACCAGGAUAAAGUUGACGGUGAAAAACGAGUUUUGACAGAUCGGGAUCCUCAAGCAGGUGACGCUCACAAUCCGGUAAACGGGGAAGUUGCGGACGGUGAUACAGGACUACAAAUUCUCAGCGAUGUUUCCGCAGAACAAACACAUGAAGAACCCGAAAGUCGUGCAAAGAAGACCACAACGGCCACUAAAACAAAGUCACCGGAGGAUGACAAGAAGUCUAAGCCUGAAGCCAAUCCAAAUGCCACCAGUCCAAUUCCCUCUGCACCAGUGACUAAGCCUUCUGACGCUUCUGCCGAGAAGAACACUACGACAACCACGACGACCACCACUACAACAGAGGCACCAAGUACUACGACUACAGAGGCGCCAACCACGACGACAACCCGCGCACCGUCACGUCUUCGCGAAAUGGACGGCAGCCUCAGCAGCUCUGCGUGGGUGUGUGCCCCGCUGGUGCUUGCCGCAUCCGCGCUGGCGUACACCACUGUGGGCUGA